AUGCGAGAUGGAGAUCAGUCAAACUUGCUGCAUAUCGGCCGUUUAUUCCAGCAAUAUUCUGUUGAUAGCUAUGUGAAAUUAGAGACAUCACGCCUUGAAUUUCACAAAAGCAAACAGAACAAAUUGAGAACAGAGGCUUAUCAAGGAUUGCUGGAUAUCAUAGCAAAAGGGAACACAAAUGCAUCAGAUGUAGGAAAACGCAUCAUUCUGCCUGCAAGUUUUAUAGGAGGGCCAAGAGAUAUGCGACGGCGAUAUAUGGAUGCUAUGACCCUUGUACAACGUUAUGGAAAGCCAGAUAUCUUCCUCACAAUGACCUGCAAUCCAUCUUGGCCUGAAAUAAAGAACCAUUUGCUUGACACAGAUGAAGCUCAGAAUCGGCCUGAUUUGAUAACACGGAUAUUUCGUGCAAAAAUAGAGCAAUUGAAAGAAGAUCUUUUCAAGAAACAUCUAUUUGGUCAUGUUGCUGCUUACACUUAUGUUAUCGAAUUCCAAAAAAGAGAUUUGCCACAUGCUCAUUUCCUGAUCAUCUUAAAGGAACAAUCAAAGAUGUUCUCGCCAGAAGAAUACGACAAAAUUGUUUGUGCAGAGCUUCCUGAUAGACACAAAACACCAUACUUAUAUUCUUUGGUUAUAAAGCACAUGCUUCAUGGACCAUGUGGAUCAAUGAAUCCAAGUAAUCCUUGUAUGAAACAGAAUCACAAGUGCAGAAAUAACUAUCCGAAAGAUUUUUCUGAGUACACAAAGCAUGGGAAAAAUUCAUAUCCUAUAUACAGAAGACGGGAUGAUGGUAGCAAGAUCUAUAUCAGAGAACAUGAGUUAGAUAAUCGAUGGAUUGUCCCUUACAAUCCAUAUCUUCUUGCAAAAUAUGACUGUCACAUCAAUGUUGAAAUAUGUUCUGCCAUCGAAGCUGUCAAGUACAUCUACAAAUACAUAUACAAGGGCCAUGAUAGGGUGAUGUACCAGUUGACAGCUGAGCAAGCAAAUCAAAUCAUUGAUGAGAUAAAAAAUUUUCAAUCUGCAAGAUGGGUAUGUGCACCUGAAGCUAUCUGGAGGAUAUAUGCUUUUGAUCUCAAUGUUAUCAAUCCAUUGGUUAUUUUGCUUCAUUUACAUCUUCAAAACUACCAAUCAAUGUGCUUUGAUGAGAAUCGUCCAUUGACAGAUAUAAUUACAGACGACAGGCUUUCACGAACAAUGCUAACAGAAUUCUUUGCAAUGAAUCAGACAAAUGAACAUGCAGAAAGCCUUAAUCUUCUCUACAAAGAAUUCCCUCAGCAUUUCGUCUGGGAUGCAGAUGAUAGAAUAUGGUACACUAGAAAGAGAGGACAGGUCAUUGGACGUGUUAUAACAGCACAUCCGAUUGAAGAAGAGAGGUAUUAUCUCAGAAUAUUGCUCAUGCAUGUUCGAAAACCCACAUCUUUUGAUGACUUGAAAACAGUUAAUGGUUAUCUAGCUUCUUCAUUUAAAGAAGCUGCAGAAUUACGAGGAUUCCUUCAAAUAGACAACGGAGCCGAAGAAUGCUUAUCAGAAGCUGUUGUCUAUGGAAUGCCACAAUGUUUAAGGCAGCUAUUUGCAAUCAUCUUGGUCCAUUGUUCACCAGCCGAUCCACAACAACUUUGGUCAAAAUUUCGAUCAUUCUUAUCAGAAGACAUUGCAGCAGACUCUUCUUUAUCAGAAAAUGAAAUUAUCAUGAAAGUCCUUGCUUUGAUUGAUCAAUAUUUACAGAUAAUGGGAAAAAGUAUAAAGGACUAUGGUUUCUCAGACUUUAUUCCAGAUUCUCACUCUAUCAGUCUUACAAAAGAAAUCCAAGCUGAAGCUGACAUACCUGUCUCCAAAGAAGAUUUAGCAGCAGUCUCUAUGUUGAAUCCUGGACAGCAAUUUGCAUUUGACAAAAUAAUGCAAAAAGUUAAUACAAACACUCCAGCUGCAUUCUUCAUUGACGGUCCUGGUGGUACAGGAAAAUCUUUUCUCUAUAAAGCACUCCUUGCAACAAUUAGAUCAAAAGAAGACAUUGCAUUAGCAACUGCAACAUCAGGAGCAGCUGCAUCAAUACUUCCAGGAGGCCGUACUGCUCAUUCACGCUUCAAAAUCCCUCUCCAUCAUGAAGCUGGCAGCACAUGUAAUCUUUCUAAACAAAGUGCAAUAUCUCAGUUAAUCAAGAGUGCAAAGCUCAUAAUAUGGGAUGAAGCAGCAAUGGCAAAAAAAUAUGCAAUUGAGUCCCUUGACAAAUUUCUUAGAGACUUGUUAAGUUGUGAUCACAUCUUUGGUGGUAAAAUCAUUGUUUUUGGUGGCGAUUUUCGGCAGACUCUUCCAGUGGUAAGGAAAGGGCAAAAGGAAGAUUAUAUCUCUGCAUCGCUUAUCAAUUCAUAUGUCUGGCCACAACUUCAAAAGAUGCGGCUGACUGAGAACAUGAGAGCAUCUUUAGACCCAUCAUUUUCAAAUCUUUUGCUAAACAUUGGAGAUGGAACACAGCCAACCAUUGCAGAUGACAAAAUCCAGUUACCUUCUCCUAUGAUCAUUCCUUUCAUUAAUGAUGAAGUAUCAUUAAACUCUCUCAUCAACAUUGUUUAUCCAUCACUGUCUGGCUUUCUUCCCAGCAAUUCUGCUAUGAUUAAUAGAGUCAUUCUCACUACUACAAAUGAUAUUGUCCACGAGGUCAACCAAAUUUUGAUCCAGAAAUUCCCAGGAGAAGAAAUCAAAUACAUCAGCUUCGAUCAAACAAUAGAUCCAACCAAACAAGCUGAUCACGGUGACUUCUUAAAUACUGUUCACCCUCCAGGAUUACCCCCACAUGUACUGAUUUUGAAGCAAAAUUGCCCAGUUAUACUUCUAAGAAAUCUCAAUCCUGCACAAGGAUUAUGCAUUGGAACACGUUUGAUUUGUUUAAAUUUCAACAAAAAUGUUAUUCAUGCAGAAAUUUCAGUUGGAAUUCAUUCUGGUAAACAAGUUUUCAUUCCUCGCAUUCCAUUGCAUAGCUCUAAUGAUGAAUCAUAUCCAAUCCCUUUCAAACGCACUCAAUUUCCAAUCUCUCUCUGUUUUGCUAUGACAAUUAACAAAGCACAGGGACAGACACUUGAUUUUGUUGGAUUAUAUUUGAAAGAGCCAGUAUUUUCACAUGGUCAAUUGUAUGUUGCACUAUCAAGGGCCAAAACAGCUGAUAAUGUUAAAAUUCUACUUAGACCUGUUGCAUCUGAUCCUUUAUCCCAUAAUUCUACACGCAAUGUAGUUUAUCAGGAAAUCCUUGCAGCUGCAACUCAUGAUUAA